UUUCAGCUCCCCAUCAUGUUCACCGUCAAACCACAAUGGAGUAACCAAAACCAGAUCAAUCAGAAGCUCUUCGGUGAGGAUAAAGAGAAUAAGAUCCAUGGGCAAUUCGAGUGUUGUGAGGAUGUUGAAGCUGAAAUCGAGUGUGCUCAGGCACUACUUCAGUAUCCUGCUCUUCAGAAUCCUGCUCGUCAGGAGCCUGCUCACCAAAAUUGGCUGGCUAAAACGCGGGACCACGCUCUGAACCCUAUGAAUGGCCACUGGCCAUUAACCUUGUCUCAUCAUAUUGGGCUUCAGAUUGCACAGAAACGGGCCCAUCAACGUCGCCAAGACUUGUUGACUGAGCGCGCCACGCUGCUCCUGGAAAGCUAUGAGAUGGAAAAGAAAAUGAGAGCUCUGGAAACUUGGGGCAAACAGAUAUUCCAGACACAAGCUUCCCGUCGGGCUCGCUCUGAGCUUAUCAACAUCAAGCUCAGAGAUAUUGAGGAUCGCAUUGAGGAAAUUGAACUGGAACUCAUGGGGCAGUGAAGGGCUUUAAUUUUUUUUUGUUGUUUCAUUUAUUUUUGUGUUCCGCUUUUUGAUAAAGAGUACCUUAUCUAA